UCGAGCAUUGUCUUAAUUACCAUAGCAACGUAAGGGUUUCCUUCCUGAGUAAAAUUUCUCACUGCCUCGGAUUUCCCGAAACUUAUCGUACGAAGAUGUCUUUCUUUGGGCUGACGGGACUGGGAUAUCAAGAUUCAAUCAAAUCUCGUCUUUAUGAAAAGCCAGAUACCCCACCAAGCACAGGACUGUCAGAUUCCCAGAGUAAGCCACUUCGUCUCCCACCAAUACCGCACACAGGACGAGUAGUCGAUCACUACAACAACUACACAAAUCCUGAGAAAGGGAAUGAGAGGAGUUACUCGAAACAUAUCACUUUGUUAAAGAAACAUGUCCGAUCACGAUAUUCUCCUAAUGAACUUUACCGCAUUCCACUGUCUGAUGCAAAUAAUUCUGGUUGGCUAAUUCCCAACGAUGGUCAGACUCUUCUCCAUGACAAAUUCUCAUGGGCUCAUACGCCUAGAUUUGUGCAUGUUAACAGUGAAAUGACGAGGUUUGUUGAUGAAAUGGCCCUGACCAAUCGAGAAUUUUCUUUGUUUUGAACUUCCCUUUCUAAAAUUUCUUUUUUUAUUUAUGUAUUAGUAUCAUUGAAGUUACUUGUCGUGUCGUGAAGUUCUGCAUAGUUCCUGCUUUGACUUUUUUCAGUAGAAUAUCUGUAUUUUUUUAUGAAAUAAACUUGUUUUGU